AUGGCUCAGAAAAAGCCACCCUCGAACAUCGAGGAGUUCCUAUGGUGUAUGCACUCCAUGCUCGUUUCCGCAGGAGGCCCCGUGAAGUUGACCAGCUUGAAGGAUCAGUGGCUGAAGUUCCAUGGGCACAAGUGCAACAUCGAGCGGUUCCUGGUCGUCGGGGAAGGGGGCAUCGGCGCCACGUUAAAGAGGAUUCCACAUGUGGUCAAGCUUGUACAAGAGUCGGGAGCGACCUUCGUCAAGGCAGCUCAGUCGGCAGACCUGGAUCAAGCUGGGCUCAUCGAAGAGGAUAAAAGAUACAGAAAGGAGUUGGCCUCGCGAAAUGCUGCGAAGGCGGCAGCGAUGGGCACCUCUAAGGCGGCACCUGCAUCGAAAGCAGCUCCGGCUGCGGCGCCGCCGGCCGCUCCCGCCACGACUGCAGCGCCAGCACCAGCGACAGCAGAGCCUGCAGUGGCAGAGGGCAAGCGCCCAGCAGAGGGUGGCGAAAACAACGCCGAGAAGAAGCCUAGGAACGAACAGGAGACUGCAAUGCUUGGAAGGAUGCUCAUGCAGGGCGUGGUGAGAGUGCUGCAGAAUCGCGCCAAGAAUAACCAGGGGGCCCUUCCAUUGGCUGAUCUGGAGACUGAGUUCAAGGAGCUGUGGAAAGUGCCCUUCAACGUGAAGGAGGCCGGGGAGACUGACGCCCUGAGCUUCCUGCGGAAAUGGCCUGCGAAGGUGGAGCUGCAGAAGGACAACGAUUCCUGGAAGCUUGCGCUGCCGAAGAAGUUCGCAGUUCCCACCGCGGCGAAGUCGGUUGCUUUGGCCCCAGCAGAGCCUCCGCCGAAGGCCACCCCGGAGGUGCCUCCAAGCACCCCGCCCCCUGCGGCUGCCCCUGCGGCUGCCCCUCCGGCUGCUCCGCCGGCUGUUCCGCCGGCCCCAGUGCCGAAAAAGGGAGGACCUCCGUCGCGGCCACCGGCGAACAUCGAAGACUUCCUGUGGAACAUGCACAGCCUGCUCCAUGCGACAGAAGGUCCGCUUGAGCUGGAGAAGUUGCGGGAGCAGUACCAGAAGCACUUUGGGCAUAAGUGCAACGUUGAGCGGUUCCUCGUGAUUGGCGAGGGGGGUAUCGGUGCCACCCUCAAGAGGAUUCCACACGUAGUCACCGUCUACACCGAGUCGGGCACAAACUAUAUCAAGGCCACCAUGGCUGCAGAUAUCGACCAAGCGCAGCUCAAGGAGGAGGACAAGCGGUACCGGCUUGAGAUUCAAUCAAGGAAUGCAGCCAAGGCUGCAUCCGUGGGUACUUCGAAGGCAGCGCCAGCAGCGAAAGCGCCAGCUGCGAGCGGCGAGGGAAAGCGCGCUGCCGAGGGAGAAAACAGUGCCGAGAAGAAGCAGAGGACAGAGACGGAUCCAGUCACGCUUGGGCGGAUGCUGAUUCAGGGCGUGGUGCGGGUCUUGCAGAACCGCGUCAAGGCCAACAAGGGAGCUCUGCCGGUGAGCGACUUAGAGCGCGAGUUCGAGGAGCUCUGGGGAGUGCCCUUUAACUACAAAGAGGCUGGCGAAGGUGAGGCAGUGAGCUUCCUCCGGAAGUGGAGCGCGAAGGUCGAGGUCUUCGGCGAGCCCGAUGCGUGGAUGGUCCAACUAGCCAAGAGGGGGCCUACAGCAGCCAAGUCGGCUCCUGCGGAAGCACCCGCCAAGGCUGCGCCACCCGAGGCGCCCGGCGCUGCGGCCGACGCAGCAGGUGCUACCACCGCGUCCCCCCAGGACGGGCAAGCAGCGGCGACGCCCAGGGUGGCAAACGCAGCUGCAGCGGCUUCUGAUCCUGUCCUCGCCCAGCGGUUGACGGACCUGGAGCAGAAGGCGAAUGGUGCUCUUGAAGUCAUGAGAUCACUGCUGAAGCAGCAGGAGGCCUUGGUGGCUGAACUCCACAAGCUGAAGAGCUAA